AUGCAUUGGCAUUUGAGCAGCAGGAUAGACAGGAGCUGGGGGAGGGACAGGGGCAGGAGGAGGGGGCAGAGGCAGGAGCAGGAGCAGGGUGAUAGCCACCAAAUCCUGGAGGAUAGACAGGGGCAGGGGCAGGAGCAGGAGCAGGAAAAUAGCCAAAGCCUGGAGGAUAGACAGGGGCAGGAGCAGGAGCAGGAGGAAAAUAGCCAAAGCCUGGAGCAGGUGGGGGUGGUGCAUAUGAGGAAUAUUCUGAAUAAGAUAUGUCAGCAACGGUCGAAGUUUUCAAUCAAAAUACACAUACCAUAUGGGGAGCAUCUGGUGCUACAGGGGCAGGAUCAUUUUGCGGUAGACGUCGUGCAGGAGGCGAGCCAAGAUUACGUUGAUUUCUCUCAGCACGACGUGCAGCAGACUGAGCUCGUUGAGGGGAAGUCGGAAUCCAAGAAAGAUCGCGUCAGGAAAUCGAUGUAUGACAGUGCUGAAGACAACAAAAAUGCUGUCCGAGAUAUUAUCCCAGGGGAUAGGAAGGCAACUUCUUUGACAACUGCAAAAGAUGCCCGCAAGACUCCUCGCACGUUCGUCUUGUAUACCCAAUUUCCCCAGUUCUCCGUGGGAUUCGGGCACAGAAACAAACAACAAACACACCACACGAACCUGCUCUCCAAAAGGGUCCAGGGGAGGUCCAAAGGGUCCAGGAGGGUCCAGGGGUCCAAGGGAGGUCCAAACGCGGUCCAAACGGUAAAGCUUACCCCAGGAGGGGAAUUUCACUACAAAUUUACAAAUAAUCACUGGGGAGAGGAUUUCAACAAUGUAGUAUGCGAGGAAACAGAUGAUGGGGGAAAAGAGGUGUUUAGAUUGCGAGGGUUUCGAACCUCGUAG